AGAAGAAGUAUGGAAACGGUCAGGUUCAAGAUCUUCUUUGGCAAGCCGGCUGUGCAACAGAAAAAUUAGUUUAUGACCAAAUACGAGAGAGGAUUAAGUUUAUUUCUCGAGCUGCAUAUGAUUAGAUCGAAACUAGUUUGGGACCACACAAUAUUGAUAAGUGGGCUUUAUGUGAAGAUGACGGGAGACGGUUCUGUAUGAUGACUACAAACGUUUCAAAGAGUUUCAAUGGCGUGCUUAGGGGAGCACGCGGUAUGCCAAUACAGUCACUAGUUGCUAAAAUAUUUUGCAGACUUAAUAACUUCUUUCUACGACGUCACGUACUUAGUGAAAAUAUCUGCUCGGGGCUCACACCGAAUAAUGAUGAAAUGCUAGCGGCUCGGAUUGUGCAAGCUCGAUCCUUUCAUGUCGUAAGAUACAGUUUUAAUGAAUGGGAGGUCAUUGAGGGAAUAUCACAUAGAGAAAGUCGCUCUUACAAAGUUAACAUGUUAGUGGAUCACACAUGUACGUGCACUUGCAAUGUACUGCAAUUACAAUGGAUUCCUUGUUCACAUGUUGUCACGACUUGUUCUGAUCUACAGGGUGGUGCGAGGAUUUCACAUUAUGAGUUCGUCGCGGUUUGGUAUUCUACUUACAACUAUCGACAAACGUACAAAGAGUAUUUUCGUCCACCAUAUGAUAGUCGACAUUAGACACAAGACGGGCCACUAUAUUACCUCCUUUGUGUAAAAGGUCGGCGGGGCGCCCUCGUUCCAUACGAAUUAGAAAUUGUAUGGAUGACGGUCGUGAAGGAGUUAGGAGGAGAAAUAAGUGUAGUAGAUGCGAACAACCGGGCCAUAACAAAAAUAAUUGUCCAGCUAGGAUUAGGCGUUGAUGUUGUAACUUGUGGAGAGCCAGAGUUCCAUUGAUUUGUUGGGAGAUCGUGGAGAUGCAUGUCCCUAACCGUGUGCUACGACAGUUUACUCUCUCUCAGCAUGUGCCAGAUCCUGUCGAGCAAAUCAAUCGUCGGCGGCGACCUACUUCGUAUCGUACCGACUGGGCCGUAGUCCGUGCAGCCUACAUAGACAGGUGGGCUCACAGAUGGGAUUUCAUCCAGGAUACAAAGCCCACAGCUGUUGACUAUACCGCGUAUAUGCGUUGGUAUUGGGAUAUCACACGUAGAUGGAUCACGCGUGACCCACAGCCAUCAGCUAGACACAUGCCACGACCACCGACAGACAGUUACAUCCCUAGUGGGAUGAACGAGAGAGAUUACGUCCAUGCUUUUGAUAGCAUUGAGGCUGAUAUUGAUACCACCGUGCCUGAGAUUCAGGAUUCGGCGGCGUUAGGACUACUCAGCAGGAUUAAGAAGACCAUAGCGCAGGUGUUUCAUAAGACUCACGUCGACGAGUUCGCAGGCCGUGAGGACAUGUCUCGAUCAUUUGGCCAGGCGUACACUCGGCGCCGACGGCCACGUGACGAUGACGUCUGCACUUCGCAUGUCGAUGGAGCCGGCACUUCGCAUGCUGAUGGAGCCGGCACUAGCAAGAACGCAGGGGGCGGGGCAGAGUGA